CACAUGGAAUCAGGAAAUCAAACACGUGCUUCGGAAUUUCUCCUCUUGGGAUUUUCAGCAAAGUCAGAUAUUCAAUUUGUGCUCUUUGGGCUGUUCUUGUCCACGUACUUGGUCACGGUCACUGGGAACCUGCUCAUCAUCCUGGCCAUCUGCUCUGACUCCCUUCUCCACACCCCCAUGUACUUCUUCCUUUCCAACCUGUCCUUGGCUGACAUCUGUUUUACCUCCACCACCGUCCCGAAGAUGCUCUGGAACACCCAGACGCAGAGAAAACUUAUCACCUGUGCAGGCUGCCUCAGCCAGAUAUUUUUUUUCAUUGUGUUUGGAUGCCUGGACAACUUACUCCUGACCGCGAUGGCCUAUGACCGUUUUGUGGCCAUCUGUCACCCCCUGCACUACUCAAUCAUCAUGAACGGCCAGUUCUGUGGGCUGUUGGCAUUGGGAUCCUGGUGCCUCGGUAUCAUGGGCUCCCUGCUCGAGACCUUGACCCUUUUGAGGCUGUCCUUCUGCACAAACGUGGAAAUCCCACACUUCUUUUGUGAUCUUCCCGAAGUCCUGAAGCUUGCCUGUUCUGACACCUUCGUCAAUACCGUGGUGGUGUAUUCUGCAACUGGCAUUCUGGCCGUGAUUCCUUUCAACGGAAUACUUUUGUCCUACUAUCAAAUUGUUUCCUCCAUACUCAACGUUUCCUCAGCUACUGGCAAGUACAAAGCCUUUUCCACGUGUGGGUCUCACCUCUCAGUGGUCUCCUUGUUCUAUGGAACAGGUCUUGGGGUCUACCUCAGUUCUGCAGCGACUUCAUCCUCUAGGACAAGUCUGGUGGCCUCAGUGAUGUACACGAUUGUCACGCCCAUGCUGAACCCCUUCAUCUACAGUCUGAGGAAUAGGGACAUGAAGGGGGCUCUAAGGAGAUUCCUCAGCAGGGUGGUGCCUCUCAGCAGUGGGGUCUCCGGAGGAGUCUUAUGGUAA